CUCCUCCUCAACAUAUCUUUCACAGCCAAAAUGACUGAGCAAUUUGCACCAUUGAAGAAUGACCUCCUGCUGAGGGCUGCCAAAGGCGAGGAGGUGCCUCGUCCUCCGAUCUGGGUCAUGCGGCAAGCUGGCCGUUACCUACCCGAGUACCACGAAGCAAAGGGCAACCGCGACUUCUUCGAAUGCUGCCGCAGCCCCGAGAUCGCCUCCACCUUGACUCUCCAGCCCAUUGAGCGAUACGCCGGACUUAUCGACGCAGCGAUCAUCUUCUCGGACAUUCUGGUGAUUCCCCAGGCCAUGGGCAUGCAGGUGGAGAUGGUUGACAAGAAGGGCCCGCACUUCCCGCAACCGCUGCAGUCGCCGGACGAUGGCCAGUAUGAGAAGGUGAUGCACAAGCAGGUGGACGUCAAGGCCGAGCUAGACUACGUUUACAAAGCUAUCACGCUCACCCGUCACAAGCUUGCCGGCCGCGUGCCGUUGAUCGGAUUCUGCGGAGCGCCCUGGACCCUGUUGUGUUACAUGGUCGAAGGCGGUGGAACGAAGCUCUUCGUUCAGUCGAAGAAGUGGAUCUACAGAUAUGCAGAGGAGUCGAAGGCCUUGCUGCAGAAGAUCGCUGAGAUCUGCGUCGAGUACUUGGCGCUGCAGGUUGAGGCCGGCGCGCAGCUGGUGCAGGUGUUUGACUCCUGGGCGGGGGAGAUGUCACCUGUGGCCUUCAGCAGGUUCUCUCUUCCCUACCUGCGGUACAUCGCCCAGAACCUCCCGAAGAAGUUGACGGAGAUGGGUCUGGAGCCUGUCCCUAUGACUGUUUUCGCGAAGGGGGCUUGGUUCGCAUUGGAGGAUCUGUGCGAGUCGGGGUACAAUGUUGUUGGUCUGGACUGGCUACAUGAUCCUGCAGAGGCUAAGAAGAUCGCCAACGGUCGCGUUACGCUGCAGGGCAAUGCUGAUCCGGGAGUUCUCUACGGUACCCGCGAGGCCAUCACCGAGGCUGUGGAGACUAUGGUGCGCGGAUUCUGGACGAACAAGAAGGGUUGGAUUGCUAACCUGGGCCAUGGCAUUACUCCGUUCGUCAACCCUGAUGAUCUCAAAUUCUACUUCGAAGAGAUUCACCGUUUGACGGCGGCGUGAGAUCGUCGCUUGACGUGGGUUAUGACUCAUUUGGUCUCUUUACUAUAUACAUUUUGGGAUUUUUCACUGUUAUAUAUCCGCCAAUCUUCUCUCUCGACUUCCUCAUACGGCGAUGUCUUCGUUCCUGUUUGUGUAAAAGCAGUCAGUCCGGCACACCUUCGGUGAGAACAGCCACAAAAUUAUAUAUGAUAGAAGCAAAACAAUGUUACCAAGCCAAGUCACAACUUACCAGAGCUCUGGCUUGUCCUUGAUGAAGUCCUCC